GAAGGCUCAGUCUCUGGGUGGAAAUGUCGCGGCGUUGGUGCUACAAGGUGGAAGCUGCCGUCUUGGGUGUGGUGGGCUUCAUGGGGCUCUUCUUUCUCCUCCAGACCGACGAGGACCCUGCUGUCUCGACAGAGCCCAGAGCCGCCAUCCCAAGUCCACCCACAACUGCUGCCACCACCCAGCCCUGGCACAGCCCCGCUGCUGAGUGCCGUGAGAACGUCUCUGUGGCCAGUGUCCCUGGCUUUGCCAAGCUGCCGGGCCACAUCCAGGACUUUUUGCGCUACAAGCACUGCAAGGCGUUCCCGCUGCUCCUGGACUUGCCAGAGAAAUGCGGGCGCCCCGAGUUCUCGCACGAGGUCUUCCUCCUGCUGGCCAUCAAGUCCUCUCCAGGGAACUAUGAGCGCCGUGAGAUCAUCCGCAAGACCUGGGGCCACGAGCGGACCUUUGAGGGCGUCCACAUUCGCAGGGUCUUCCUGGCGGGGGUCCCGGGGAAUGCCCGUGAUGCCCGCAAGCUGGGCCGGCUGCUGAGGCUGGAGACGGAGGAGCACGGGGACAUCCUGCAGUGGGGCUUCCAGGACAGCUUCUUCAACCUGACACUCAAGCAGGUCCUCUUCCACGCCUGGAUGGAGGCUCGCUGCCCGGGUGUGCGGUUCGUCUUCAAUGGGGACGACGACGUCUUCGCCAACACGGACAACAUGGUGCACUACCUUCUCGGCAUCCCGGGUGCGGGUGAUGAGCAUCUCUUUGUGGGGCAGCUGAUCACCAAUGUGGGCCCCAUCCGUGAGAAGUGGAGCAAGUAUUACGUCCCUGAGCAGGUGACCACCUCCAAGUCGUACCCGCCCUAUUGCGGCGGUGGAGGGCUCCUCAUGUCCGGCUUCACCUCGCGGACCAUCUACCAAAAAUCCCUGGGCAUUGAGCUAUUCCCCAUCGAUGACGUCUACCUGGGGAUGUGCUUGGAGAGGGCGGGACUGGCGCCCGCCUCGCACAUGGGCAUCCGCACGGUGGGGGUGCGCGUGCCCUCGUCCAAGCUCGAGUCCUUCGACCCCUGCUAUUACAAGGAGCUGCUCCUGGUGCACCGAUUCGUUCCUUACGAGAUGCUGGUGAUGUGGGAUGCCAUCCAUCAGCCAGACUUGGUCUGCGGGAAGAAAGUUGUUUACCAAAACCUCUGAGGCCUGGGGGGUGGGAUUUUGGAUGUGUGUGCAAAUGGGGGAAACUGCAAUGGAGGAUGCCCUUUCCUUGCAGGAUUUGCUCCUCUCUCAAACUCGUGUCCUGCAGCAGAGGGCAAUGUUUCCUUGAGGGAUUUUCCUCUCUCUCGAACUCUUCUCCCCUGGACAGAGAACUGCAGGAAGGGUGUGUCUCUCUGUAUUUGAGGGGCUGCGGCAGCUAUGGGUGGGGUGGGGCUUGUUGGGGUAAUUUAUUCUUCGCCCUUAGCCCUUCAGUGUAAGCCGAACAGAUGGCUCCGUGCAGCUGGCUUCUCUUGGACUGCUUUGACUUCUUCGAAGGGGAAAGCCUUUGCAAAAGGGAUGGCAAUAAAGAAUUGAAUUGUAGCAGCUUUGACAAUCCUGACCCACAAUGCAACACUCCUCUGGGGUCUUCCUGGUAGGACGUGCUGCACCCAGGAACCCCAAAACUCCU